CAUGGAGCAACAAGAUCAAAAGAAGAAGAGAAACGACUACAAAGGAUGCUUUCCUAUCGAUCUAACCUCAGAGAUACUUUUGAGGCUACCUGAGAAAUCUGUCGCGAGGUUCCGUUGCGUGUCAAAGCUUUGGUCAUCAAUAAGCACCGAUCCAUAUUUCAUCAACUUGUUCGAAACUCGGUCCCCACGGCAAACUAUUCUACUUUGCGUCAGAAAAUAUGACAGUCUGUUUGUUUCCUCGAUUCCGCAGCAUAAGCACAUGCAUACUCUUCAUCAGAGUUCUAACAAGUCUUUCUCAUCUUCUCAGCCUAUUAGUUGUUAUAAUAUGAAGUUCCCAGAAACUAAUGAUUUAUAUCCUACCGAAUCUGUCCACGGCUUGAUCUGUUUCCAGGAAUCAGGAAAGCCCGUAGUUUGGGACCCUAGCAAGAAAGAGUUUGUAACCUUACCCAAGCCAAGAAAGAGCUGGAAUGAUAUAACAGUUUUCUUAGGAUAUGAUCCAACCCAAGGUAAACACAAAGUAAUGUGCCUUCCUUGUAACAGAAGUACUGAUGUGUGUCGAAUCUUAACAUUGGGAUCAGCUCAAGAAUCAUGGAGAACGGUCAAAACUAACCAAAACCAUCGUUCUUCCAUUAUUACUAUUGGGCGAUGUAUCAAGGGGGUUAUAUACUAUCUAGCCUAUAUUUUUCACAGUCGUCUCCAGGUUAUAAUGAGUUUCGAUAUCAAAUCUGAAAAAUUCGAUACGAUACCAUUACCAGCGGAAGAUAUAGAUAGACCUUUUCUGAUAACUUAUGUGGGACGGUUAGCUUUUGUUGAUGACAAAAAUCCUAGAAGAAUGUUGAUUUUGGAGGAUGCAGAGAGACGCAAGUGGUCAAGCCAAAACUUCCUUGCAUGUUUACGUCACCGUGAUGUGAUUACUUCAGAAUAUUUGCAUUUAGGAGGUUCCACCCAUGCUGGUGAGCUUGUUUAUCUAGCUCCCUAUUUUAAAAAAAAAUCAUAUAUUCUAUUUUGUGAUCCCGUGAGAAACAGCUUUAGAAGAUUUGAAUUUAAAGGAAUCGCAGAAGACGAAUCUUGGCUCAAUGCAGAUCAAGAUGAACCACUUUUCUCUCCUCGGAGCCGUCUCCAUAUUUUUCCAAAUCAUACUGAGAGUCAAAUUUCUUUGUAACAAUUUGUUGCUUUUUUUUUUGGUUGGCUUUGUUUCUUUUUAAAUUUAUGUUAUGCUUUUUCAUAUAAUUUUCUCAUUCUUUGCUUCAAUUCUAUGCGGUUCAUUUCCAAUUAAUAUUGCGGGUACUAUCUAAUUCAAAAGUAAUAGAGGAAUUGCAUAUAUGGAAUAUGCUACGCCGAGAAGAGAACGGUGGUUGGUGAGGAGGAAUUAAAAAUGAGAGCACUACUACAGGUACUAUCCAUAUUUUUCCAAAUCAUACUGAGUUUUGACCAGAUGGUCCAGACCGUGAUGUUAUCGUACCAGACUGCAAGGACUUCGAUAUGGUUACCAGUGCAAGCAGCAAGACCAACUACAAAAGCUUGAAGCAGAUACACAACAUAGUAAGAUUACCGCAUCUUAUUGUUAGAUUUUCACCGCAUGUCAUUUAAGUCUUGCCGGUUUGGUCGUGGCGUUUACAAUGUUGUCUGAAGACUCUUGGGAUCUUGAGACUCUCAUAUGUUUAGCACGACGACAGAUGCAUUGGAUUGGAGAGGUUUGUAGCCCUUCGUGUCUGUCUUUAGAAUUGGUUUUGUUACAAAGCUAUUAGGAAACCAGAGUAUUUAUAUAAGUUAUUUGAACAAAACAACACUGACGAUUCUUGGGAAAGAGUAUCUGAAUCCAGAACAAAAUGUGGAUGCAAUUAUUCAUAAUCCUGCUGGAAAUUACAGGGAUAUUUAUUAUGAAAAAAAAUCUUUGAGCAAAGACUGGUGGCCUCAACAAGAAGCCAGCAAAGGAAAUUGAUUCAGUGGCCCUUAAAGAGUUCAAAACACAGUGUCUCCUCCACGGUGGAUGAAUAAUAUAU